AUGGUGUGGCAUCUAUCGCUUAUUACUAUACUAUCAUUACUUCCCGGUGCUUUGGCCACCGGCUGGGAUGAUUUUGCAGAUGACCUUGCUACAGAUUUGGCGCCUCUUAUAUCCCUUUUUGGUGAGCGACUGAGCAAGCAGUUCUUAUCUGAAUCCACCAGCAUCUUAGAUAACUUUCUCUUCUCUGUGGCCCCAUUGGGUAUUCUGACGGCUGUGGUUUCCGUCAUUCGUGUUUGCGGAAACUCGUCUCUCCGCGCGUUCAUAGGGCGAGCUCAAGAGGGCCCUGGUGAAGCUGAAAAUGAACUCUUGUCAUGCGUGUCCGAGACAACCGCAGAGAUGUUUAACAAUGGAGGAAUCUCUAGGGUGUUCGGAAGACCUCGACUACUAGAGGUCAUUGCCUGGGAGGAGACAGAUCCUCAGACAAAGGAGCGCUCCUACCGGAUAGGAACUUUGCGCGAUGCCCUUCGUGAGGGUGCUUGGUUGGCGGGCAAAGGAAGUUGGAUUCUCGAUGAGAAGGAAUACUUGCCCGAGCUCGAUAUCCCGAAUCUGUCCUUGAACAAGGGAAUUGAGAAGAGCAGCCAAGGCUGGUUCUAUGCUGCUGCUGUUUUGGGGCUAGGUCUGCAAGUUGGGGUCAUUGUAUACGCUGCAAUAACUGUCUACCUCUUUCCUUUACAGUUUAAAAAAGACGGAAGCCUUGUCGUAAGCUAUGCUUUUCCGCUGUUUUCCCUGGGGUCUAUCUUUCUCUGCAUCGGUAUGUUCCUGUGCGCCUUCAUCAUCGAGCGCUCAUCCACCGAAUGCUACAUUCGACCUGCAAUGCCCAGCAAGAUCUACUGGUUGCAGCCCGGCGGCCAGGAUGUCGGUGACCAAGUUUUUGGGGCUUUUCUAGGUGUUAACGAGGGACCUAAUUCCAAGGCGACUGAAGACCUCUUGUACAUUAAAUCAGUCAGAAGCCCUGGAAUCUUCGGCAAAGGGCCAUUGCUCGUGUUUACUGUGAUUAUUACCCUUAUUGGGUUCGUCAUUCAAUUUGUCGGGAUCCGAGGGUUGCAUGCCUCUGUGGUACUGGCAGAAAUGGGCGCUACUCUCCUAAUGUCCAUCGUCAGAGCCUGCCUGCGGACCAAGAGGUCCGGAUCGGACGAGAACCGCCUAACGGCUGAAGAGCGCCAUCUUGUGUCCUAUAACGAGCAAGAACUUGACUGCUUUGCGUUCCAUCUGGAACAAGUCAGGUCGUUUGGUUUAGUCUCGAGCGCGCCACAGAGAUCUCGAGCUCAAUCGACAACCUCGUCGGCAGCUGCAUCAGCACAAACUCCAAGUCAGAAACCCGGCCUUGGAACGAAGCUUAUAACGACAAGGGCUCAACUAGCCCGCCUUACGUCCAACCCCGACAAAGAGUCCAGCUUAGCUUGGGAUGGCCUUCCAAUUAGGGAGAGAGCUCAAAAACUGGCGGACACGAUAGAAAGAACAAUGAAUUUGUUAUCAGGCUGGAAUAACCUGACUGAAGAUACCGUUAGCUUCGACCUCAUCCUCACUUGUCAGUCUCUCAACAAAGGCGGUUUCAAUCCUGCGCUGGAAACCUACACCAUCAAACUAUAUAGAUCAGAAGAUACCCUGUUAUGGAAGGUUGAUGAGACCGAGCUCGAGGCAGUUCUAGGACUAUGGACAUGGUCACUGCUGAAGUCGAAUUCGAAAUGGCUUCAGACGGGGCUUGAUCGUGCUGUUGGUUUGACCAAAUCUGAGGCUAUGGCAGAAGAAACCGACCUUUAUUUUCAUAAGUGGAUUUACCGCCAUACGGAAGCCAGGAUGGUUUCGUCCAAGACCGUGUCAUUUGGUAGCGAACUCUUUGGUCUCUAUUCAGACAAAAACCCUGGAAGCAAGGAAAUUCUCGUUGUGAAAACACAGAAUAAUCUUGAGACCAUGGCUGCUCAGGACAUUUAUAUCCAUUUCCUCAGAAGCGUUCUCCAAGACUUCGAAACAAUUGGUGGCGAUGUGGAUGUGCGCCCAGGCUCACAAAACAGCUAUAUCUCAUACAGCAGUCGCCUCGACGAGUUAGUCGCCUGCUUCGAGUCCGGAGAGCUUGGUUCAAGAGAAGAUGCCCUGCUAUGCGUCGUUCCGGUCCUGAAAGCUCGGAAACUUCUACCAGAGCUUGCUGCAGACUCGCACCGCGUGAGAGCGCUGAUUGAAAGACACAUUUCUAACGAUAACUGGGUGGAAGCUUUCUCUAUUGCUCGCUGGCUCUGUGAACGUUCCUAUGGGGAGGAGUUCGAACGCUCCGUUUAUGAGCUUGGCUACCUCUGCCAGCGUGCGAUUACACACAACGAGGACACUGUACGGAGAGAAGGCCUGGACAUAGUAAUUUCUCUGCUCCAGGACGAUCCCAGAUGGACAUUAUCAAACGGCAUAAGGAGCUUCCGGCCGACGGACUGGAUGAAGUCCCAGCAUCAGGAGGCCCGGUGGAUCAAGUUCUCUCGCCAACUUGGUUGGAUUGUUUGGCACAUUGCGAACAAUAAGGUCGACCGACACCCGAUAAAGAUGCGACUGGAAUCUCUAGGAAAUUAUGAGAACUUAGACCUACAAGGAGUGGUCUCCCACGAUGACCAAGAGAAACGAAAGUGUGCGGAAGAAACUAUUCUAGGCUGGCUGACGCACGGCAUGGACAUUGUUUUUGAAAGGCAAGUCCCUGGUGAGGAAGAUCAGAGUUGCCUUGAAUGGGCGUUGCAAAAUGAGCAGGAUGCACUCUGGCAUUGGCUUUUGCACAAAUGGACUGAGGUCGGUCAACUCUAUGGAGCAAUGACUCAGAAGGCCUUUGUGUUUGCAGCAAGAUGUGGUUCGGAUUUAGCAAUACAAGCACUCAUGCGGCACGGAGCUGAGAUCAACAACCAGGAAUAUGAAGGAUAUACUGCACUCCUUGAAACUGUCGGCAAUCAGGAAGUAGACGCGGCGAAGAAGUUACUCGCCAACGGAGCAGAUGCAAAUCUGGGCAUGAAAGCCAACGGCCUAACGCCACUAGGCAUAUCGGCCAGUCAGGGGCAGCAGGACCUUACUUUAUUGCUCCUUGAAUACGGCGCAAAAAUCGACUGUGGUUACGGACAACAACUUAGCGCCUUGCAUCUGGCAGUUCGACAAAAUCAGUUGAAGACCUCCCGGUUACUUCUUGAGAGAGGUGCAGACAUUGAGAGCGUCGCAGGGGACAGUAGAACAAUUUUGGCCUAUGCGGUAAUUGACAAUCUCAGAGACAUGGUCCGACUACUCCUGGAACACGGGGCGAAUGUUAACACUGCGGACGAUUGGGGCUACACCCCAUUGAUAUUGGCAGUGCACUACCAUGCGUCUGAAGACAUCUUCCGCCUAUUGCUCGCCAACAAGGGUGACAUUCAUCAGACGGACAAAGAUGGUAUGACAGUAUUUGACGUAGUACGUCAAAGCAACCGCUUGGAUCUACUUGCUCUGUUGGAGGCAGCAGCGCAGGAGAGAGCAGAGACUGUAUGA